AGUAGGCACCGCAUAAUGAGACGGGUCAGCCGUCGCGGCCCUGUUGCCACCUCGCGGGCCGGCCCGCCGGGGCUGGUCGAGCGGCGGUGCACAGCGAUGGGAUCUGUGGCAGGCGCGUCCUCUGCCGCGAGCCGGCCUCUGAGGACAGUCGGGUGACUGUGAGCGAGCGCCGCGGGAGGUGGCCCAGGAGUGGUGUUGUGAAGACGCGGAACGAGGGCGCGGCGGGUCCCCGUUGAUGGUACUCUGGUGGUUGUGUCGCGAGCGCUGCCCGCCGCAGCAGUCGGGAACUGUGAAAGCCUCCAGAGUUGUGUGCUUUUCCAGUGUGAUGAUGUAAGAGAUUAUCGCCAGCGAUCGGUGACAGCCCGUCCAUCUGCAGCGGCGUCCAACGGACGAUAGCACUCGUCAGGACCCAGCCACCAUGGUGCUCAUUCACGCCAUCGACGACACCGUUCUGGCGGUGUACCUGAUUGUGACGCUCAGUAUCAGCGUGCACCGCGGCCUGCGGCGGCGCCACUGGCCCCAGGCGACCCUGAUGACCUCGGGUCCCGGCCCGGCGCCCGGUCAGAGUCCCGGUCACGCUCCGGCCCAUACCAGCGUAAUGUCGGUAGCCAUCUCCGUAGUGGCUACCUUCAUGUCGGCAGUGUUCGCACUAGGUGUGACAGCCGAGGUUGCCCAGUACGGCGCCACGUGGCUCCUCACCUCCGUCGGCAGCAUCGUGGCCGGCCCCAUAGUCGCCUUCAUCUUCAUCCCAGUACUCAACAGGCUACAGGUCGGCAGCGUACACGAGUACUUGUGCCUGCGGUACGGCGACCGUCUCAGCCCCGCGGUCGGCUCGGUCGCGGCCCUGCUACAGACGGUGGUACACGUCUCGGUACUCCUCCAGGCGGCCACCAUCGUCACCUCAGCCAUCACCGGCCUGACCCGCACUCCGGCGCUGCUCAUCUCGGCAGCCAUCGGCAUCACGUACGCUGCUAUGGCUGUGCCCGAGGACAGACUGUUUGCGGACAGCAUCCACUUUGCUGUGACGUUUAUCGGACUGGCAGCGGUGUCGAUACAGGGCGCCGUCAGCGUCGGCGGACUCAAGAACCUGCUGAACAUCAGCGGACACCAGGGAAGGCUGGACGUCCUGCGCUUCUCCUUCAACCCGUUCGAGCGGUACAACGUGCUGAACGUGUUGGUCGGUGGCACGAUGAUGUGGACGCACUGGUUCGUGGUGAACCCGGAGAUGCUGCAGCAGUACUCCAGUCUGAGGACCGUGCAGAGGACUAGGACCACGCUGCUGGUUUCCGUGUCGCUGAUGCUGGGCAUGACGGCGCUGUGCGUGCUGGCCGCGCUGGCGCUGCUGGCCAGCUGGGCCGGCUGCUGGCCGGCCGACUGGCCGGCCGACGGGCUGCUGCUGCGCUGGGCCGGCCGCCGGCUGAGCUACCUGCCCGGGCUGGCCGGCCUGCUGCUGGCCGCGCUGCUGGGCGGCGCGCUGGCCGCUGGUCCCACCCAGCUGGCCGCGCAGGCUGCUGUCAUCUGGGACCAGCUGGCGUCGGACCGGGUGCGCCACGAGUGGCGACACCGCGCCGUCCGGCUCAUCACCGUGCUACUCGGGAUCGGCGCACUGUGUCUGGCUGCCGUCACGGGCGCCCAGGGGGGCCUCCUGCAGACCUGGGUGGCCGUCUACGGCGCAGCGGCCGGGCCCGUCCUCGGCCUGUUCAUCCUCGGCAUGCUGGUGCCCUUCUCCAGCGCUCAGGGCGCCGUGACCGGCUACCUGUUCGGUCUGAUCCUCGCGCUGUGGACGGCCGUCGGCUCCCUGUUCACCGUACCCGACGCCGAGCUGCUGUCGGUACCCACCAACGACAGCAGCUGCCUCGGACCGACGAACGUCACCAGCGGGGCCUACAGAACCUACAUACAGCUGGCCGCUGCGGCCGACAGCACCGCGAACGGCACCGGCUACAACAUCAGCAGCGGGGCUGAGACCGGAGCACAUCGUCCGACCGACUACAUCGGUCACAGGUCGCCGCUGGACAGCUGGUACUCGCUGUCAUUCCUGCUUAUCAGCCUGCUGGCCACGGUCGUCACCGUUCUGGUUGGCAUCUGUACCUCCCUGCUGCCAGGAUGUCGGCGCACGUCUCAUCUGCGCCAGGACACCAUCAGCCCGCUGGUCACUCGGUUCGUCUCGAAAAGUAAGAUGGCGUCCUACACAGAUCAGGGGCUGCUGAAUCAACCCCAGGAAACGGCCAUCGCCGCCAACAUCGAGAUGAACAACAUGAAAACGCCCGCCAUCCAACAGGUUUACGAGGAUCCGAACCCGCCGGCAGGGCCGUCGGAGGUGGGUGCUGUUCAGGAGAUUUAUGAAGACCCUAACCCUCCAGCAGUAGCAGCAGAGAUUGACGACGUUCAACAAGUCUACGAAGAUCCCAAUCCGCCAGUGGGUCAUCUGGAGCAGCACAAAACCGACGAAACAAUUGCCACGUCAUCAGUGUAGCGAAACGCUUUAGUUUCUUAGGCGUCCAAUGUGGUAUAUGAAAUGAGUUGUUAUAAGAAACUUGAAGGAAGGUGCUUAUAUGACUAUAUGUACUUAGGUACUGAGGUAGAUUUUUAUCGUAAGCGCAGCGACAUCUUUGUGUGUAAUGUGCGGUACCGACAAGAUCCAUGUAUUUUGUCCAGACAUGCCAUUGUCCAUUUAUUGUCCAUGAAAACGUAUGUGCAUUUAUGCAUUUUAUCGUGCAUCGUAGGGCAUCAAGAGGUAUAGGGUAUCAUCAUGUAGGUGUGGUGUUCACGCCCGGCGCUACAUUUACCUACGCAAUACAUUACGCCUAUCCUAUAAGUUCAUUUAUGAAUUGAGUAGGUAACGAAUGCCGAAUGGGCAUGCUUUAUGUCAACUGUGACUUGUGUUGUAGGUACAAUACACAAUAAACAUGCCUAUAUAGUGCAAGUGAAAACG